AUGAGCACUCCCACCAGAACUAUUGCCGUUGUCGGGGCCACGGGCAUUCAGGGUUCCUCAGUCGUCAAGACCUUCCUGGGCCUUCCUGGCUGGCACGUCCGCGCCCUGACACGGUCUCCCGGGUCCGAGAAUGCUCAAUCUCUUAAAGUCCUGGGCGCUGAGAUUGUGCAGAUUGACCUAGCAGAUCCCACCUCGCUAGAGCCAGCCUUUGAUGGUGUUCAUGCUAUCUUCAUGAACACUAACUUCUGGGAAGUUUACCGGAAGACUAAGGACGGUAAGGCCGCCUACAACAGCGAGAUGCGGAACUCCAAGAAUGCCGUUGAGGCCGCGGCUCGCGUCCCCACGCUCCAGCGCUUUGUGUAUUCGGGCUUUGGGUCCAUGGACAAAGGUAGUGGCGGGAAGUACAGCGGUUGCUAUCAUUGGGAGAGCAAGGCCGACGUCGUCGAUUAUGUCGAAUCAACCCAUGCGGAUGGUCUGGCCAAGAAAACAUCCAUAAUAUACAUGGGUGCUUAUGCCUCUAAUGCCUUCCUGUACCCAAAGGCUAACCCAGAGACUGGGGAGUACGCCAUGGUAAUACCUAGUGCUGAGACAAUGCGGAUGCCCAUCAUUGAUGCUGUGAACACCGGGCUAUUCGUGGAAGCACUGAUCGUGCAUGAGGAACCCGGUAAAAAGCUGUUGGCAUAUGACACUGAUAGCUAUCUCACUGCGACAGAGCUAAUCGCACUCUGGUCUAAAAUUACGGGGCGAAAGGCCAAGUUUGUCCAAGUGACACUUCAGGCUAUGUAUGAGAUGACUCACUUGCCUUUCGAGAUCUUGAAUGGGCCUGCUUACGUUUCCGAGUUUGGGUACACAGCGGGCGUUGAUGGGAUUAUUGAGCCAGAGCAGCUGAAGCACAAAGUUGUGACGCCGAGCUAUGAGGAAUAUUUGAAGAAACAGUCCUUAGAGCAACUUCUUGGGGUAACACCUCCCGAGGGAUAUUAG